AUGGACCAGCCGUCUCCAACCUACAUGCUUGCCAACCUAACCCACUUGCAUUCCGAGCAGCUUCUGCAAGGCCUGAACCUCCUUCGCCAGCAUCACGAGCUCUGUGACAUUGUCCUGAGAGUUGGCGAUGUCAAGAUCCACGCGCACAAGGUGGUGCUCGCCAGCAUCAGCCCCUACUUCAAGGCCAUGUUCACGGGGAACCUGUCGGAGAAGGAGAACGCGGAGGUGGAGUUCCAGUGCAUGGACGAGGCGGCGCUGCAGGCCAUAGUGGAGUACGCCUACACGGGCACCGUGUUCAUCUCGCAGGACACCGUGGAGUCUCUCCUGCCGGCGGCCAACCUCCUGCAGGUGAAGCUGGUGGUGAAGGAGUGCUGCGCCUUCCUCGAGAGCCAGCUCGACCCUGGCAACUGCAUCGGCAUUGCCCGCUUCGCCGAGACCUACGGCUGCCAUGACCUCUACCUGGCUGCCAACAAAUACGUUUGUCAGAACUUUGAAGAUGUGUGCCAGACGGAAGAAUUUUUUGAGCUUACGCACUCGGAAUUGGAUGAAAUUGUUUCCAAUGACUGCUUGAAUGUCGUGACAGAAGAGACAGUUUUUUACGCGCUGGAGUCCUGGAUCAAAUACGACGUGCAGGAGCGGCAGAAGUACCUGGCGCAGCUGCUGCACUGCGUGCGGUUGCCGCUGCUGAGCGUGAAGUUCCUCACGCGGCUGUACGAAGCCAACCAUCUCAUCCGUGACGACCACGCCUGCAAGCACCUGCUGAAUAAUUUUGAUAAUAAAUGUCACUAUUUUCACGUUGAGAUGUAUUUUCCUCAGAAUGACUCCUGGAUCGGCCUGGCACCUCUUAGCAUCCCCCGCUGCGAGUUUGGAAUAUGUGUCCUAGACCAGAAGAUCUACGUCGUAGGAGGGAUCGCCACCCACAUGUGUCAAGGCAUCAGCUACCGAAAGCACGAGAACUCAGUGGAGUGUUGGGACCCCGACACGAACACGUGGACGUCUCUGGAGAGGAUGUUUGAGAGCCGGAGUAAUCUGGGAGUGGUGGUCCUAGCAGGAGAGCUCUAUGCCCUAGGGGGCUAUGACGGGCAGUCCUACCUGCGCACCGUGGAGAAAUACAUCCCCAAAGUGAAGGAGUGGCAGCUGGUGGCCCCUAUGAACAAAACGCGAAGCUGUUUUGCUGCAGCUGUCCUGGAUGGAAUGAUAUAUGCCAUUGGUGGCUAUGGUCCUGCCCACAUGAACAGCAUGGAGCGUUACGAUCCGAGCAAGAACUCCUGGGAGACGGUAGCUUCAAUGGCCGAUAAACGGAUCAACUUCGGCGUCGGCGUCAUGCUGGGCUUCAUCUUCGUCGUGGGAGGGCACAACGGAGUGUCUCACUUGUCCAGCAUCGAGAGAUACGAUCCCCACCAAAACCAGUGGACGGUGUGCAGGCCCAUGAAGGAGCCCAGGACAGGAGUGGGUGCAGCUGUAAUCGAUAACUACCUGUAUGUAGUAGGAGGACAUUCGGGCUCGUCCUACCUGAACACUGUACAGAAAUACGACCCGAUCGCGGACACCUGGCUGGACUCUGCGGGUAUGAUGUACUGUCGCUGCAAUUUUGGUUUGACUGCACUUUGAAAGACAGGAAUUUACAGACCUGAUGUGAAGAAGGAACUUAAUCUGCUCGGAAGGAUACCUUGCUCAUGGAGACCAUAAGCUGCAUUUUCUGAA